GCGCGGCCGUCCAGUCCCCGCUGCCCGGCGCGCGGGGCGAUCGCGCAGAUGGCGGCGCUGGCGGCCGUGGCCAAGAAGGUGUGGAGCGUGCGGCGGCUGCUGGUGCUGUUCUUCGCGCCGCUCGCGCUGCUGCCGGUGGUCUUCGCCCUCCCGCCCAAGGAAGGCCGCUGCCUCUUCGUCAUCCUGCUCAUGGCUGUGUACUGGUGCACGGAGGCCCUGCCCCUGACGGUCACUGCCCUGCUGCCCAUCGUCUUCUUCCCCUUCCUGGGCAUCCUGCCCUCCAGUAAAGUCUGUCCCCAGUACUUCGUGGACACCAACUUCCUCUUCCUCAGUGGCCUGAUCAUGGCCAGCGCCAUCGAGGAGUGGAACCUUCACCGCCGAAUCGCCCUCCGGAUCCUGAUGGUCAUCGGAGUCCAGCCCAUCAGGCUCAUCCUGGGCGUGAUGGUGACCACGUCCUUCCUCUCCAUGUGGCUGAGUAACACCGCCUCCACCGCCAUGAUGCUGCCCAUCGGCAGCGCAGUGCUCAAGAGCCUCUUCGGGCAGAAGGACACGCAGAAGGAGCUCCCGAGGGAGAGCGAAGAGAGCGAAGCCGCGGGGCGGAGGAACGGCCUGCGCCCGGUGCCCGUGGAGAUGCAGUCCCUCGCCAGCACUGAAGAGGACAGGAAGUGGAUACCAAGGCCAAGCCAGGGUAUGGCAGAAGGUGAUGGAAGAUGCGCCAGAGAAGAGCGGGCAAGGGGCAAAGGCAGUCUCGAGGAGGUGGAGGCCCCCGCGGAUCUCUCCGCCGACUCCAAGAAGGAGAAGGAAUAUUGCCGAAACAUCUGGAAGGGGCUCCUCAUCUCCAUCCCCUACUCGGCCAGCAUCGGGGGCACCGCCACCCUCACCGGUACCGCCCCCAACCUCAUCCUGGUCGGACAGCUCAAGAGCUACUUCCCAAUGUGUGACGUGGUGAAUUUUGGCUCCUGGUUCGUUUUCGCCUUCCCGCUCAUGCUGAUAUUCCUGCUGCUGGGCUGGCUCUGGAUCUCCUUCCUGUACGGGGGGCUGACGCUGAGGGGCUGCAUGAAGAAGAAAUCUGAAGUCAGAACUCAAGUGGAAAAGAGAGCGCGUGUGAAGAUUCAGGAGGAAUUCCAGAAGCUGGGGCCCAUCAAGUUUGCCGAGCAGGUGGUCUUCAUCCUCUUCUGCUUGUUCGCCGUCUUCCUCUUCACCCGGGACCCUAAGUUCAUCCCUGGCUGGGUCAACUUCUUCCUCCCUGGGUAUGUGUCCGACGCCGUCACCGGCAUGACCAUUGUCAUCAUCUUGUUUUUCUUCCCGUCCCAAAGGCCCUCUCUCAAGUGGUGGUUCGACCUCAAAGCCCCCAGCGCCGAGACGCCGCCGCUGCUGACGUGGAGGAAGGCCCAGGAGACGGUGCCCUGGAACAUCAUCCUUCUGCUGGGCGGGGGCUUCGCCAUGGCCAAGGCCUGCGAGGAGUCGGGGCUGUCCACGUGGAUGGGGGGACAGCUGCAGCCGCUGGAGGCCCUGCCGCCCUUGCUGGCCGUGCUACUCAUCACCGCCGUCAUCGCCUUCUUCACCGAGUUCGCCAGCAACACGGCCACCAUCAUCAUCUUCCUGCCGGUCCUGGCGGAGCUGGCCAUACGCCUGCGGGUGCACCCCCUGUACCUAAUGAUCCCCGGGACUGUCAGCUGCUCCUACGCCUUCAUGCUCCCGGUGUCCACGCCCCCCAACUCCAUCGCCUUCGCCUCCGGACACCUGAUGGUCAAGGACAUGAUGCGCACGGGCUUCCUGAUGAACAUGAUGGGCGUGCUGCUGCUCACCCUGGCCAUCAACACCUGGGGACAGGCCAUCUUCAGCCUGGGCACCUUCCCCGACUGGGCCGACAGCCCCUGGGCCAACGCCACGGCGCUGCCCUCCGUCACAGCCAACGGCACUUUUCGGACCCUGUGAGUCCCCCGGGGGGACCCCUUUGGGCCGCUUCCCCGCCCGGAAGACCCUCGUGCGCCUGCCGCCCGGACCCUCCGCACACGGCAGUUCCCUCUGGGCCCGAGGGGUCCUGCCGGAAGACGGCCCCGCCGCGGCCCGUGCUGCAGCCCCGGCGGCCGGGGGAGAAGCUCCUGAGAGGAACGCGAGCGUCCACGCCGACACCACUGAGGCCGCGAGCCUGUGGGAAACGUGUCAAUAAAGAGCGUCACGCACG